AUGUUUCAAUUCAAAAGGUUACUUGCUACUGCCAGCAAAUCGUUUACAAAUAACAAGUCACAAUUGGAUAGAGCAACUCUCACGAUAAAAAAUGGACCAGUAUUUAGCGGUUACUCAUUUGGUGCAAAUAGAAAUGUGAGUGGUGAAGCUGUAUUCACCACAUCGUUGGUUGGAUAUCCAGAAAGUAUGACUGAUCCUUCAUACAAAGGACAGAUUUUAUGUUUUACUCAGCCGUUAAUUGGUAACUACGGUGUACCUUCCUCGACUGUAAAAGACGAGUUCAACUUGUUGAAGUAUAUGGAGAGCCCUAAAAUUCAAUGUAUUGGUAUUGUUGUUGGUGACGUUGCGUUGGAGUAUAGUCACUGGACUGCGGUUGAGAGUUUACAACAAUGGUGCAAAAGGAACGGUGUAGCUGCCAUAACUGGAGUUGACACAAGACAGUUGGUUUCAUACUUGAGAGACAAAGGGUCAAGUUUGGGUAAAAUUACCAUUGGUGAGGAAUAUGAUGCAGAUGAAGAUGCCGCUUUUGAGGAUCCUGGUGCUAUAAACUUGGUACAAAAGGUUUCAACCAAACAACCAUUCCAUGUAGAGUGUCCAAAGGAAUUCUCUAAAAAUGUGCAUAUAGCGGUUUUGGACUGUGGAGCAAAGGAGAAUAUCUUGCGUUGUUUGGUUGAAAGAGGUGCUUCUUUGACCGUGUUCCCAUAUGAUUACCCAAUUGACAAAAUUGCCAAUAAAUUUGAUGGUGUUUUCAUCUCCAAUGGACCAGGUGACCCAACCCAUUGUUCUGUUACUGUUGAUAAUUUGAGAAAAAUCAUGGAAACUUACCCAGAAUUGCCAAUCUUCGGAAUUUGUUUGGGCCAUCAAUUACUUGCAUUAGCAAGUGGCGCUAAAACCAUCAAAUUAAAAUAUGGUAACAGAGCCCACAAUAUUCCCACCUUGGACCUCAUCUCAGGUAAAUGUCACAUCACAUCACAAAAUCACGGGUACGCAGUGGACACCUCAACUUUGAGCAACGGCUGGAAAGAGAUGUUUAUCAAUUUGAACGACAACUCAAAUGAAGGUUUAAUUCAUACCACGAAACCAAUCUUUUCCACUCAGUUCCAUCCAGAAGCCAAAGGGGGUCCACAAGAUACUGCUUAUCUCUUUGAUAAAUUUUUUGAAAAUAUCGCCAAGCACAAGAAGAGCUUGCCAAGUGUUGAAGGAAGUUUGUUGGUAGAUAUUUUACCAAAAGAAAGAGUUGAACAACUUACGAUAUAA